ACUGUCGAACCACUUUAGUGAGUUUGCCGAGUGGUGAGCCGAGAAGUGAGCAGUGAGCGUCAGUGGAACAUUUAUGGGUUAUGAGUUUUAAGCCGUAGUUUGUUUAUACGAAUGAUAGAAUCGUGAUCGUACCGAUCGUGUGUGCGGUCGCAAAUUUCGUUUGGCGGAAUUCCUACUCUACGAGUUCUCUAUACAAAUGGCAUGUAGAACGAGCGCCUCGAACGACGGUAUUCCGCCACCCGCCGCCGUGACAGGAUUUCCAUCGGCCACGCCAAAUCUCGCAUCUAGCUUUGUGCCACCUAUUAUGCCCGCGGCACCUUUCAUUCCCCCUCCCAGUUUACCGCCGGGUCCUCCGGGCAUGAUGCCGCCUCAGUUUUCCAUACCUCCGCCGGGUUUUACCUUCCCUAUCACCGCGGCACCUCCUCCAGAGGCUGGAGUCAUAGCCGCGUCGCCGCAGAUAACGACGCCGGGAAUACCUCCACCCUCGCCCAGCGGCAGCGGCAGCGGCGGCAGCAACAGCAACAGCAACAACGAGGCCGCCCCCCCAACGAUGUCCGUGUCCAUGGAGAAGAAGCCGACCGACUGGUCGGAGCACAAGGCGCCGGAUGGCAGGACUUAUUAUUACAACAGCGUGACGAAACAGUCGUUAUGGGAGAAGCCGGACGAGCUGAAAACCCCGAGCGAGCUGUUGCUGUCGCAAUGCCCAUGGAAGGAAUACAAGCUGGAGAACGGCAAGGUGUAUUAUCACAAUGUCACCAGCAAGGAGUCCAGAUGGACAAUUCCGCCGGAAUUGGAGGAGCUCAAGGCUCGGAUCCUGGCGGAAGAAGCCGCCGCGGCCGCUGCGGCGGUCGUGGCAAGUGCAACAAACUCCAAUAUAGCGGGGAUACAACAUUUGUCCCCGAAUGUUUCGACGAUAUCGCAGACUAGCACUCCGGAACCCGGUGGAAAGUCCGCGAUCGAGCAAGCAAUGGCAGCUACGCUCGCUGCCAUUAACAUCCCGACGCCGCCUGCGAAGCCGGACGAGGACAGUAACUCCGCUAAAGGUUCGGCCAACGACAGCCGUACCAGCACGCCCGAGCCGAAGAUGCAAUUCAAGGACAAGAAGGAGGCGGUUGAGGCGUUCAAGGAGCUACUGAGGGAGCGAGAUGUGCCGUCGAACGCUACAUGGGAGCAGGCGGUCAAAUUGAUUCAGAACGACCCCAGGUAUCCGCAGAUGAAGAAGCUGAACGAGCGUAAGCAGGCGUUCAACUCGUACAAGACGCAGAAACUGAAGGAAGAGCGCGAGCAAGAGAGGCUUAGACUGAAGAAAGCCAAGGAGGACUUGGAACAGUUCUUAUUGGAGAACGACAAAAUGAUGAGCACGACCAAGUAUUACAAGUGCGAGGAGAUGUUCGGUAACCUGGAGGUUUGGCGAGCGGUCGGCGAUUCGGAUCGCCGGGACAUCUACGAGGAUGUGAUCUUUAAUCUGGCGAAACGCGAGAAAGAGGAGGCGAAGCAGCUGAAAAAGAGGAACACCAAGAAACUGGCGCAGGUCUUGGACACCAUGACCGAUGUGACUUACCGUACCACGUGGCAAGAGGCACAGGCGUUGUUGUUGCAGCACUCGUCGUUCGCGGAGGACGCGGACCUGCUGGAGAUGGACAAGGAAGAUGCCCUCCUUGUGUUCGAAAAUCACAUUCGUCAGUUGGAGAAGGACGAGGAGGAGGAAAAGGAGCGCGAGAAGAAGCGUAGAAAACGGCAAGAAAGGAAAAACCGGGACGCGUUUAUAUACUUGCUCGACGAGCUUCACGAACAGGGCAAGCUCACAUCAAUGUCGUUGUGGGUGGAGUUAUAUCCCAUGCUGUCUGCUGACCUUCGGUUCUCAGCUAUGCUCGGUCAGUCAGGCUCCACCCCGUUGGAUCUCUUCAAGUUCUAUGUGGAGGACCUAAAGUCGCGCUUCCACGACGAGAAGAAGAUUAUCCGCGAGAUAUUGAAGGACAAGAACUUUGAGGUGCAAGUGAACACGACUUUCGAGGAAUUCGCUACCGUCGUGUGCGAAGACCGGAAGUCGGCCACGCUGGACGCAGGUAACGUGAAACUCACGUACAACUUGCUGCUCGAGAAGGCUGAGGCGCGCGAGAAGGAGCGCGUCAAGGAGGAGAUGAGGAAGUUCAAGAAGCUGGAAACCGGCUUUAAGAACCUGUUGAAGACGCUUAAUGUGGAUUAUCAAAUGACGUGGGAGGACGUGAGGCCCAAGAUUGAGGAGGAGCAAGACUUCAAGGCGAUCACUUUGGAGAGCGAGCGGAUACGAAUAUUUAAGGAGUAUCAGCACGAGCUCGAGGAGAGCUGCAGUCAUCACCACAUCAGAAGCAAGAAGAAGAAGACGAAGAAGAUGAAGCGCAAGUCGCGAUCACGAUCGCACAGCGAGUCGGAAGGUAGCGAGAAAGGUCUGAGGAAGAAGAGGCACAACAAGUCGCGCUCGCCCAGUGUUCCCAGUAAGUCGGACAGUUCUGGAUCAGAGACGAGGAAAUCCAAGAGAAAGAAGAGCAAGAAGAAGCGCGGCCGUAGUCACUCCCGCUCGCACUCGAGGCUUCCAUCUUCCGAGGAAUCACCGGAGAGGAAGCGGAAGGAGGAGAAGCACAGGCGACCGUCGGUUCACAGCGAGGGGUCUGUCACAGAGACCAACGAGCACCACGAGCUCUCCGAGGACGAAUUGGAGAAGCAACGGGCUCAGUUGCUGCGCGAGUUGCAGAUGCAGCAGGAGGAAAAUUAGAAAUUCCUUUCAUCGCCAAGUAUCGCCAAGAAUCUGUCGACAGUGAUAUCAAUGCGUGUCUCGAGCAGUACAGUUUCUCAGGACUCAGCUUGCCGAUAAUUCGUGGUAUGAUAGAUAGCGUGUGUGCGUGUGCAUGUGGAGCCUGUCGGAAUCACGUUUGUUCUCAGAACGCUGAACUCGAAGAGCGUGCAUUAUAUAUAUAUAUAUAUAUAUAUAUAUAUAAUGUAUGCGCGCGCGUGUAUAUCACAUACAACGGCAACGCGACGCCGCGCAGAAAUAGAUUCACCUUUUAUGUAAUGCAUCCCAGGCAUUCCGUCGAACGAGCAAGUGAGCUUUACCAAAAAACACAUGACACGACGCGCGUCGUUCUCUUUUUUGUCUUCUUCAUUUCACGGCCGUUCUUUGGAAAUUGUGGAGUGACUCCACAAUUGUGGACUGUUCAUUUUCAGAAAACUUAUAAACUAGUGUACAUAUUAUUGUAAUAGUUGUGAAGUUUUUCGAAAACGAACAAACCUAAGAUAUAGCGAGCGCAGGACGCACGCAACGCUUCGGAUCAUUGAGAAGCGUGUCUGAAGCACGGAGGCACGUUGUUUUAUAAACAACGACAACAACAACAAUGCAAAACACACAUACGUUAGAUUGGUGCAAAAGGUUUGUCGUAUUUGUUGUGUAAGUGAGAUAGGAAACAAUUACUCAAUUUCGAAGGAUUAAUAAUUUUGUCGAAUAAAAUGAACGACAUCGAUUCGCUCAGACAUCUA